AUGUUUACUCGACAAGCUAUCUCUACUCUCCGACUCGUUCGUCUCUCUCGAGGCCUGGCCACCCAUGCCAAUUCUGGCCUCGCCGUGCCAGCCUCUCUGCACUUGAAAACAGGUCAAACGUUCAAGGGAACCUCGUUCGGUGCUCCCAGGAGUGUCUUUGGCGAAACCGUCUUCUCGACUUCAAUCACAUCAUACACUGAAUCCAUGACUGACCCUUCUUAUCGCGGUCAAAUUCUCGUCUUCACCACUCCCUUGAUUGGGAACUAUGGAGUUCCCCACAACGUAGCACCCUUCGAUUCCCAGGACGUGGGGGUCGUCCUCGAGUCUCAGGGCAUCCAAUGCGCCGCUGUUGUCGUCGGCGACGUGGCCGAAAAGUUCUCUCACUACACCGCUGUCGAGUCCAUUGCAUCCUGGUGCAAGCGACACAACGUUCCCGGUAUCACGGGUGUCGACACGCGUGCGAUCACCACGUUGCUCCGUGAUCAAGGUACCACCCUCGGACGUGUGGCCGUUGGUACCGAUGCCUUGCUCCCGCCUCCUGCAGCAGAGGAAUACUGGGAUCCUUCUCUGGAAAACCUCGUCGACCAAAUUUCCACCAAGCAAGUCUACGAGCUCAACCCCACUGGCAGCGUCAAGAUUGCCAUGCUCGACUUUGGCGCUAAAGCGAACAUUCUCCGAUCCCUUGUUCGCCGAGAUGCUGCCGUCACAGUCUUCCCAUGGAACUACGACUUUAACAAGGUCAGGGACCAGUUCGACGGUCUCUUCCUCUCCAACGGCCCCGGAGACCCAAAGCAGUGUAUGGAGGCCGCUCUGAACUUGCGACGAACCAUCGCCGAGUGGAACAAGCCUAUCUUUGGCAUUUGCAUGGGUAACCAGAUUAUCGGUAUGGCUGCCGGUUUGGACUCUUACCGGAUGACCUUCGGUAACCGUGGUCACAACCAACCCGUCCUUGCCCUUGCCUCGUCUGGCUCCAUCAAGGCUGGUCGUGUUUAUGUUACUAGCCAAAAUCAUCAGUACGCCCUCAAGCUCCAAGAGCCCUUCCCCGAGGGAUGGGAGCCCUUCUUCAUCAACUGCAAUGAUUCGUCCGUCGAGGGUAUCAAGUCUACCGACGCGUCUGGCAAGCAGGUUUGGGGUGUCCAAUUCCAUCCUGAGAGCGCUGGUGGUCCUCUUGACACUAUCGAGAUGUUCACCGACUUUGUCUCGCAUUGCAAAGCCCAAAAGGUUGCCAACUACCAGCCCGCAGAUGUCAAGCCUCAAGUUGGUUUGGAAACUGAGGCGCCCCGAGUUGCUGCCACUGCUUAA